UAACAACAACAACUUUGUUUCUUUACAAAGAAGUUCUUUGGCAGAAUAACCGAAAUAAUGAAAAUAUUGUGCAACAUAAAACAUAAAAACCGAUAAAAGGAAUUUUCACAACCCUAUCAAAUUGUUUCUGUUUGACAGUUCAAAAUGUUUAGGUGAUGAUGAGGUUAAUGGUCGGUACAAAAUAGUUUAGAUAAAUAUUUGGGUACGGAUUUCAUGUAGAUAUGGAUAUAUCAAUAAAAAAUAUCAAAAUCAAAUCUUAAGAUAGUGCUACGCUUAUUCCGUUAUUAACAUAUUACGCCAGUGUAAAGUCUAUUGUAAUGAAGUUUCUUUGUCAUGAGAAUAGUUUCGUUAAACUAUCGAUCGAUUACGAAAGAGCUUUUCUGUUUACAUUGUUUAAAGAUAUUUUUGCGUGUUAUAAUAUUUUCAGGAAGCCGUUAAUUAAUAUGUAUAGAUCUGCAUAGUGAACUGUUUAUAUAUAAACGUGUGCGCGUGAUAGUGAAGUUGCUAACGUGUUAAAUAAAAUAUGUGUUUACGUUCGCUUUUUGAUGUAUUCACGCGUUUAAUUUACUUAAAAAAGUCAUAAAGCUAGAUAGUUUGGUGUCAUCGCGUGUAAUGUUAGAUACGUAGGCUAAGACAUAUCGUAAAUAAUUGUUCCUGAUAUCACGUCCAUGUAUUGUUGCUCCUUCCUUUCACGGCUGGGCGUCGGGAUGGCGAGCAUGAGCUCCACGCUCGUCGAAACCGUCUCCAUCAACUACGAGGACUUUAACGAGAGCUUCCUCACCUGCGGCACGUGUUUAUGCACUUAUGAUGGUGGGGAGCACACUCCGAAGCUUUUGCCAUGUUCGCAUACAGUUUGCUUACACUGUCUCACACGAAUAGCUGCCUCGCAGACUAGAGACGCUGGCAGCUUCCGGUGUCCUAUAUGUCGCGAGCUUAUAACGAUACCCCGGGGCGGGGUGGCUGCGCUGCCGCCCUCCUUCUUAGUCAACCAGCUGCUCGACUUAAUGGCCCGACAACGAAGGGAAGUGAUACCUCAGUGCAGUUCGCAUCCUGGUAGAGAGUUACUUUUCUGCGAGACUUGUGACUGCGUGUUCUGUCGACACUGCGCCGACGGACCCCACAGCGACACCCCCUGCGACCACACAGUUGUACCAUUCUCCAUAGCGUUAAAAAGAAUGUCUGAAAUACUGUUGUAUAGAGCAAACGAAUGUCUCAGUAAGCUGGGCUCGGCGCGGGAUGCGGUGGCCAGUGAGCUGAGACGGCUCGAAGCGGCGGCGACGGCGGCCGAUGAGGCGAUAGAUCGACAUUUCGCUGAACUGAAAGCUGCCAUCGAUAAACGACACAGUGAAUUGAAGUCUGCUGCUGCAGCCGCCGCUACACAUAAACGAAAAUUACUUGAAGAACAGCUAAAAUUAAUUGACGCAGAAAAGGCCAAGGUAGAAGCGGAGUGUUCAGGUCUCCAGCAGCAGGUCGAAGUUCGGGAAGUGAGCAGUAGGGCCGCGGCCCUUGGCGCUCGCCUCGGUGACGCGGCCGCUCUCGCCGAACCACGAGAAAACGCCUUCUUAGCCGUCGACUUCGCUCAUAAUGAUGCCCAACAGAGAUUUGCCGAAGCCUUAGCCGAAUUAGGCAGGGUACGCACUAGCACCACCUUCCCUGGCCUCUGUACGUUACAAUUAGAAUCAGCUUGCGUAUGUGGGUUAGAAGUGGUAGUGGUGCUCCGUACAGUAGACUACCACGGCGAGGCGCGCUGCACGGGCGGCGACCCCGUUAGCGCCGCGGCUACUAUCGACGACGCACCCCUGCCUUGUACCGUCACAGAUCUCGACACUGGACUCUACAGGAUCUCGAUGCGUCCGUGGUCGGCGGGCUCGCUGUCGGUGCGCGUGCAGGUGUUCUCGCGCGGCGUGCGCGACUCCCCGCUGCGCGCGGCGGUGGCGGCCGCGGCGGCGCCGCUGCUGUCGUGGGGCUCGCGCGGCACCGGCAAGGAGCAGCUGUCGCAGCCCGUCGCACUCGCCAGGUGUCCGAAACGGCGAGAAAUCUACGUACUGGACGCCGGGAACUCAAGAGUGAAGGUUUUGGACGACGAGACUUUUGCAUUUAAAACUCAUAUCGUUAAUGAAGGUUUAGCGGGUAGGAGUUGUACAGGGAUAGCGGUUACUGCCGAAGGUAUCAUUGCCGUUAACUGGAGGACACGAACUCUCACAGAGGUGACAGCAGACGGCACGACACUCCGCACGAUCCGGUCAGACCGGCUGGUGGAGCCCGUGUGUGUGGCCGCCGACACCGUCACGCGCCGGAUAGCUGUGGCCGACAACGGGGCGCGGGCUGUAUUCCUGUUUGACCGACACGGGAAUAUUGAGAGAGAGAUAGGCAAUGGAGAGUUGGGUCUAGUGGGCGGGAUUGCUUUAUCAGAAGAUUUGCUAAUUAUAGCUGAUGUGGCAGUCAGAGUAUACGACAUCGAAGGCAAUCUCAAGAAUGUGUUUGCACCAGUUCCAAAAGGUCGCGGCGGCUACGGCGGCGUGGCGCUGGAGGCGUGCGCGGGCGCGCGGCGCGUGGUGUGCGUGCGCUCGGUGCGGGGCCGCGCCGCGCUGCUGGUGCUGGAGGCGCGCGCGGGCCGCGUGCUGGCCGCCGCCGAGCUGGCCGAGCGCCGCCCGCGCCGCGUGGCCGGCCUCGCGCUGCUGCCCCGCCACCAGGCGCUGCUCGCAGACCUGGCCGCCGACUGUCUCAGGCUGCACACGUACUGGUGAAGCGACACGAAAAACGUAACAGGAGACGGAAGCGAGCGACGCGCUGGAGAACGCAUCGUAAUCGAAUUUCAUGCUAGUCCAAUAUUAUAACGGAGAAUCGAACUGAUGGCCAUAUCCACGGACUGCGAGGGAGAGUUACUUGCACCAAAGUCUUUAGUCGGCCGCGUCACGGCCACUGCGUUAUUCAAUACUAUAAUUUUAGUACUUACAGUAUUUAUUUCGUAUUAAGUUAAAUUAAGUUAUUUUGUAAAAAUUCUCAACGAUUUUAGUUGCUUAUACGGAAUUUGACAAUAUUACGACUGAUUU